AUGAACAUGGGUCAAGGGUCAGACUCGGCCUACUACUGGACGCCGAUGAACAACAUUGGCGGCUUCUUGACGUCUGAGGACCUGCUCGACAUGGACUCGUGCCUAAAUCUGGACGGGAACAUGUCCACGACCGACUCCAUGUCCACAGACGGCGUGGAGCACUGCAACAUGUUCUCGAUAGACCCCAAUGACGAGCUGGAAAUUAAGAAGGAACACUCUCCUGCGUUUUCUUUCCUGCCGGGUGACCAAGGGACCGAUGCUGUUUAUGCAUCUGCAGCAGGCGAGGAGCUGGACUUUAGAAGCCACCACCACCAACAACAACAACCACACCUUGAUCACACCAGCAUCGAGAGCCUAGACGGAACGCAUCAUCACGAGCAGCAGCAGCAGCUCAGAAGCCUGUCGCCUAGCAGCAGCUUCGACGCCAACCAUGCCGGCUCAAACUCGGACACGGAGAUCCUCAGGUUCGAGCACCUCUCGGUCCACUCGCCGCGCAAGCCCGCCGCCGUCCCGGCCUCGGCCCCUGUUUCCAGGCGAGGGUCGCCCAGGAAGGUGACGGACCGGCUGGCGGGCGUGUGCUCGGGCAUAUACAAGAAGGCGUCGGCCACGCUGGGGAGGGCGGGGACGCACCAUCAGCGCCAAAACUCCCGCUCGGCCAGCAACGGCCUGCGUCAGAAGUUGGAGCGGGAGGGGGAGCACGAGGAGGGCCUGACGGUGGCGCCGCUCAACAUACAUCGGGCGAUGCCCACGUAUGAAGGCCUGCCACUCACGCCACCGCUUAGUGGGCGGGGUCUAACUCAGCAACAGCAACAGCAACAGCCCUUUGUCUCGGGCCCUGUUGAGGACCCUUUCAGCUCCAAGCCGAACCCGGCCGGUCGACAGCAGCCGAUAGUGCUACCGGAGACCCCCAGCGGUACUCCACUGAUGAGUUCCCAAGACAUGACGGCGGCGCAGCAAGCAUACGCAACAGCAAACUACGCCGCAAUGCCAGUGACGAGCGCCGCCUCGAUCGACCCGGAGCUGUGGGCCGCUGCUCAGUUCAAACUGUCUCCUCAGUUCUGGGAUGGGUCGUCGCCGACAGGUCUCCCUCACGUCGAGUCGGCCGUGCCCUCGCCGCUGGCAAUAGACAGGAUGGACACGAGGGAAGGCCAAUGUUAUGCUUUUGCUGCGUCCGCAGCUAGUGUUGCAUCCACUGCGACGAUGAUGGUGACGAGGAAGCAAUCAAACCGUAACCUCGCUGCAGCUCAGGCCAACCAGCAUGGUACCGUUUCCAUGUCCCAACUGGAUCUCACCAACGAUGGGUUGAUGAUACACAUGCCGCAGCCGAGGGGGCCUCCGCAUGCUGCGACGCUUCUCGCAAUGCAACAACAGCACCAGCAACAGCUCAUGAACCAGUAUCACCACGUUCAUCAACAGCAACAGCAACAACAGCAACACCUCCUACAGGGAGCCAAUUUCCAAAGGCAGCCGCAAACCGUUCCUAUGCUCUCACCUGACGUGUCCCACAGGCCAGACCACGGCAUGCAUCAGCAGCAGCAACAACAACAACAAACGCACAACACCCACCACCACCGACGGCCCAAACCCAAAGCCCCAAGUUCAGGCGCGCGCCACACCGGUCCCGGCGGCUCGCUCGUCAGCCCGCGUAAGGUAUCAUCCGGCGCCAGCCCGCGCAAGGUAUCCUCGCACUCGAGCCCCCGCAAGGCAUCCGGCGGCAGCGGGUCAGCGCGGUCCACGACGUCUCCGUCCCCCAAGCCACGGCAGCAGCUGCUGCAUGCGUCGCGGCGUAGCACGUCGAUGCAAUCCCUACGGGACGGCGACUCGUCCUUGUCAUCGCUGUCAUCGUCCGCCACGGCAGCGAUCCGGAAGCGGCGCUCUUGGGCAUCUCGGCCGGACCUGGACAUGUACGCCCUGGAGAGCCAGCAGCAGCAGCAGCAGCAGCAGCAGCAGAGGCGACAAACGUCGUCGGAGAGGCCUUCGGCUGGCAACCUCAGCAUCGGCUUCGUCAACUACACGGCCAUGGACCACGACGUCCUCAUGGCGGGCGUGGCGCCCAGCGGGUCGUCCAAGACCAAGGCGCGGCGGGAGAAGGAGAACCGCGAGCGCGAGGACCGGAUGAAGGAGGCGUUUGUACAGGCCGUCUCGGCGGCUGGUGGCGAUGCUGGGCGGUUCAUGAAUGGUGCCAUUGCCAUAUAAGGGAGUGUUUUAUCUUGAAAGAUGCUCGUGUUUUCUUUUGGUUUUUGUUCCCUUCACUUUUCCGAGGUCUUUCUGCUUUACGAUCGUUUGCUUUUUCCAUCAUCCUCCUCCAGACCUGUCAUUUGCCCUCUUGUCUUCUUGUCCUAUUGAUGUCAUUUACGCCGGAGUCUUUUUCUGUC